GGUACCAUGGAAGGCAUGUCAAGGGUCUUCAAUAGGUCUGACUCAACUAUUGCAAUUCCACUUGAAGGUGAAGAUGACACUCAUAGAUAUUCUAUGGUUGAAAUAUGUUCAGAUGAGGGUAAUGGAGAUAACUAUAAAACUCCAGAAAGAACAACAAGCUUACCAUUCUAUGGUUCAGUCUAUGAGCCUGAUUGUGAGGAUGGCUUACAACCCACAGUUGGUAUGGUGUUUGAUAGCUGGGAGAAAGGAGAAGAUUUCUACAGAGCAUAUGCUAAGCAUAUGGGAUUUGGAGUUCGCAAAUGGACACAACACAAAAAUACAGAUGGGACAGCCAUCUGGAAGCGAUUUGUUUGUUCAAAGGAAGGUUGGAGGAAAGAGCAAGAAAGUGGUGAAGAUGAGAAGCCUAAAAGGAAGGUCAAGAUAACUCGGUGUGGCUGUGAGGCGAUGAUUGGAUUGAAGAGGAGAGAUGAUGGCAAGUAUGUGGUUGCUACGUUCAUCUCCUACCACACCCAUGAUCUGGUCUCCCCAAGGAUGAGGCAUUUAAUCAAAUCAAAUAGAGAAGUGACUAGCGUCAAUUGGGACUUCUGCAGCAUUCCGUAUGCUCAGUGCAGAGAAAGGUGGGCCUGCAAACCUAGGUUGCACAAAGAAGGAUGUUCAGAACUAUGAACGUGAUUGCAGAAAAGUCAUUAGUGCUUCGGAUGCCCAUAUUUUAAUUGAUAUCAUGAAAGAGAAGUAAAGGAUCAAUUCAUCAUUCUUUUUUGAGUACCAAUUAGAUGACAAGUUGAGGCUAACACACAUUUUUUGGGCUGAUAGUACAUGCAUAAGGAACUAUAAGUUGUUUGGCGAUGUCAUGUCCUUCGAUUCUACUUACUGAACCAACCGAUAUGACCUGGUUUUUACGCCAUUUACUGGAGUCAAUCAUCACAAGUCAUGUAUCACGUUCGGUGCUGCCUUUUUACCGAAUGAGAAGAAAGAGUCGUACAAAUGGCUAUUCAGAACUUUUUUGAAAGCAAUGGGAGGGGCUGCACCUAAACUGAUCAUAACUGAUGAGGACCUUAGCAUGAAGGCUGCAAUCCGAGAUGUCUUCCCAAACACCAUACACAGACUUUGCAUGUGGCACAUUCUUAACAAACUCCCUGAAAAGCUUGGUCGUGACCUAACCAAGGACGAAGAGUUCAUGAAAAGAUUUGGGAUAUGUGUAUGGUGUUCAGAGACACCUGAUGAGUUUGAGUCAAGCUGGGCAUCAAUAAUUGCUGAUUAUGGACUUGAAAACAAUGUCUGGUUAAAUGAUAAGUAUGCUCUUCGAAAAUCAUGGAUUCCAGCAUACUUUGUAGGAUACUCACUGGGUGGUAUCUUACGAACUACUUCUAGAUCUGAAAGCGAGAAUGCAUUCUUUGGCCGUUUUGUGAACUGGCGACUAUCUUUGCUUGAAUUCUGGAUCAGGUUUGAAGCUGCAUUGGAGGAACAACGGGAAAAGGAGCUGCACGAUGACAACACGACAAUUCUUACAUCUCCUGUACUCAAGACAUCUUGGACCUUCGAGAGGCAUGCUAGGGAGGUCUACACGCAUACCAUAUUUCAGAUGUUUCAGCAAGAGGUGGUUUCUGCGAGAGAUAGUUGUGUGGUGCAAGGUCUGGAACAAGUUGGAGAGGAAAAGAUCACCCGAAUUAGGGAUGGUAGAGGCAGGAUAAGGGAAGUUCGCUACAACACACAUUCCAAGGUUGUAAACUGUUCUUGCAAGUUGUUUGAGUCUAUCGGCAUUCUUUGUUCUCACACCAUUGUAGUCCUCAAGGCAGAGCAAUACAAUGUAGUACCUAUUGAUUAUAUACUGGAUAGAUGGACUAAGAUGGCUACACGUAAGCGGGUGCUCGAUGCCAAUGGUAAUGUGAUUGAAGGAUCAUGUACAUCCCUUCCACCAGCCAUCAAGAUCAUGUACUCCGAGACAAACUCUAAGUUCAACAUGGGGAUGCUUGCUGCUAAACAUUCGGGGGAGAAAAUGAAAUAUUUGCAUAGAGCUGUGGCUGAAGCUGUUGAUCAUGUGCUAAAAAUGGAACCAUCUAGUGAGACAAGUAAAGUUUCAGAGUUUGAGUCUUUUGUUGGAAUGCCAUUUCCAACAACCAUUGACAUCCACCCCCCUGAAGUAGCGCACACAAAAGGAAAUGGAAAAAGGUUUCAGAGGGCUUCAGAACAAAGCAAAAGCAAAAGGAGGACAACUAGCUCCAAGCAACAACAUUGAGCUAACCAAAGCUUUGAGUGAUCCAUAGAAACACACAAGGAAGCAAAAUUUCCAGCGGCAACAUGUACAACUAGAACUUGAAAAUGACCAUAUUGGAGCAUGAUCAGAUUUUUAUUUAUGAUUGAAGUUUGUCCACAAGAAUAUAGGGAAAUAAAUAUAUAUGCAUUUAGUAUUUUAUUGCAGAUUCACAAGGAUUUCAUCAAGUCAUUUGAAGAUGGAACAAUGAAGGUAUUAAUAAAUAGUUGCUGGAAUGAGUGCCUUCACGGCUGCACUACCUGAAUACUCCUAGAAAUAAAGUGAUCUGUAUUUUUGGAACUUCAUAGUGUACUCAAUGGGAAUCUGCAUGUAAGUAGUGUGAUGUGUUUGUGUAUUUGUGUUCCACUACUGAAGGAAAAGCCCAUGAUCUAUUCUACAGUUAACUAUAGUAAAAAAAUGGAUGCGCAUGCGUCACC